AUGACGACCACGGCGUACGUCCCGCCGUCGCUCUCCGCCUCGAGCGUGGCCAUCGUGCUGGCCACCGGGUCUCACGUGCUAAGGAUCGACUCCUUCUCGCAGGCAGCUGCGAUGCUCGCCAACGGCGAGUGUCUCAAGUCGCCCAAGUUCCAGGCGGGAGGGCACACCUGGCGUAUCCGCUGCUACCCCAACGGAUCGGCGCAAAAGUACGACGGCUACGUCUCCCUCGUGCUGGAGCUCGCCAGCCACGUCGUCAAGGACGUCCGCGCUGAGUUCCGGUUCAUCCUGGUCCCGCUCCGGCGACAGGGCUGGCCGGCGCCGGCGACGUACGAGCACGCCGACGUGGUCACGUUCGAGGAGAAGGGCGGGCAGUUCGGCUUUAUGAACUUCGUCAGCAGGGAUUGGCUGGACAAGUCGGAGAAGCUACUCGACGGCGCCAUCGCCGUGAGGUGCGACGUGACCGUCCUGACCCAGCAGCCGGCGCCGGUGCCUGUCGUCGAGGAGCAAGAGCUGGAGCGGCUGGGGCUGGUGUGCGCCUGCAAGGACGACGCGUGCAAGCGCAUACACGCGGGUACCGUGGAGGCCGCCAAGGCCUUAGGGACGAUGCCCCGUCGACGCCGCCGGGUGAAGGAGGCGUGUCUAAGGCUCCUCGGGCGUCUUCGUGUGGAAUAA